AUGGGGGCGCCGCGCGAGCUCGAGCUCUCCGACGAGGUGGAGGGCGAGGAGGACGGCACCGACGACUUCGUAUUCCGCCUCGCCGGCGACCCCAUCCCGCUACUCCCGACCGACUCCAACCCGCUCCCGCUCUUCGACCUGCUGUCCCCUCCCGCGCGCCCGCUCGCCGUCUCCGACCGCCACGCCACCGUCUUCCUCGCCCACCCCAGCGGGUUUCUAGCUGUGAGGACGAAGGAGUUGAUCGAAGCUAGCAAGGAGGCGCGCGAGAAGGGCAAGGCGAGCACCCGCUGCGCGCAGGACUGCUGCGUCGCCGAGGUGCCCCUCUCCGGUGUAUCCCUCAUCGCGCUCUCCCAUGAUGAGUCCGUGUUAGCAGCCUGCACGGAUACUGAGAUCCAGUUCUUCUCGUUGGCGUCUCUGCUCACACAUAAGGAUGUGGUACCAUCCUCAUCAUGUAGCCUGGGACAAGCUGGCACUGUGAAAGAUUUCAAGUGGUUAAAUCAUGCCUCUGCAGCAUAUAUUGUACUCUCAAAUGGUGGGUUGCUGUGUCAUGGGAGUUUGGGCGAAGGCCUGAAGGAUGUGAUGGAAAACGUCGAUGCAGUUGAUUGUUGCAAGGAAGGAAAUCAUAUUGCCGUUGCAAGAGGGAACAAACUUACCAUAUUAUCACCAGAUUUUAAGGAAACAUGCUCCAUGUCCCUCUUGUUCCAGUUGUGGUCUGAUGAAAGUGAUUCAGAGGGCACUGCCAUCAAAGUGGAUUCCAUUGGCUGGGUACAUGGUGAUAGUAUUGUUAUUGGGUGUGUUCGAUUAAAUGAAGAUGACAAUGAAGAAGGCUAUCUUGUUCAAGUUAUAAGGACUGAAGAAAGCACAUUUUGUGAGAGCCCAGGCAAGCCAGAUGUUUAUACCUAUGUCGAUUUUUUCCAUGGCAUUAUGGAUGAUGUUUUACCAUCCGGAGUUGGACCUAAUCUGCUUUUGGGUUAUCUGCAUCGCUGGGAUCUCAUGGUGGCUUCCAAUAAAAAGAGCAUUGAAGACCACAUUGCCCUUCUGAAGUGGCCAUCCGCACAUGAUGAUGAAAAAGCUGUAACAUAUCUUGAAAUGUUGGAGGAUAAAUACAGUCCUAGGAUUGACUUGCAAGAGAAUGGCGAUGACAACGUCAUACUAGGGUUUGGUGUUGAGAAUGUUUCAUUAUUUCAAAAGAUCACUGUAACAGUUGGACCUGAACAAAAGGAGGUUGCCCCUCAACAUAUUCUACUCUGUUUGACUGGUGAAGGCAAACUAGCUGUAUAUUACCUCGCCAGGAUUUCGGACCCUUCUGAUUUACCUCAUGCUACUGUGUCUACCAAUGAGGACUAUGGUGAAAAACAUAUUUCACCUGCAACUGUAUCUGAAAAGGAGCUGACUCCAAGUGUUACAGGCUCGGUAUCUAAGAGUACUCUCACUGAACAUGGUGCUGAGGCCUCUAGUGCACAAACAGGUAGCAACCAGCAGGAAUCAAUGAAUGUGAAAAACAGUAGCUCAGCUUCAAAAGAACAGGAAACAACUGGCAAUUCGUUGCUUAUCUCUUCCAAUAAGAAGCCCAUAGACACCAGGCAACUGAAUGUGACUGCUCCACCUGCAGCCUUGCCUAGCUUAGAAUUAACAGGAAACACAAGACCUACAAUAUCUUCCAGCUUUUCUACUGUCAAUAAUGAAGGCAUGAAUCCAACAGGAGGCAAUGCACCUAAUGGAUUAGCUCCUUCCUUGCAACCAGGCAGCAGAAGUUUUGGAAACAGCCAAACUGGUAAAGAAGGUCUGGAUUCAGCUCAAUCAGUGGGAAUAUUUGGUGGAUCUCAAAACUCCAAUAAAGAUGGUGAUGUCUAUGGUUUCAAGUCUUCAGUGUUCACCUCUAGUGGAUCUGUCCCUGCCAAGAUCAGAGAAAGGAAUGAGGUUGGUUUUGGAGUUCCUUCACCGCAAACCAGCUACACCGCUGAUAGAAAAGUUUUUGGUGCUCCAGUUGCCUUAAGUUCUGUACCUUCACCGUCGAUAUCUCCAGCUAAACCUGCCCCAAUUGGAUCUUCAUCAAGUGGAUUUCGGACAGGAAACUCUGAAGCUCCUCAAUCAUUGCGUGGAUCAUCUCCGUCACAGCAAUCUAUGGGCAAAUCACAUAACAGCAGGACACAAGCACCAGCAGACUAUUCUAGAAACUCCAAGAUGGGCACAAGAUUUGAUUCUGAACAAGACUUAUCUAAAAAGUUUUAUAGUAUAAAUGAAAUGACGAAGGAGUUAGAUGCCCUACUAGCAUAUAUAGAAAAGGAUGGUGGUUUCAGAGAUGCCUGCAUAACCUUCCAGCAGCGUCCUCUUUCUAUGUUUGAGGAUGGCUUGCAAAACUUUUUGGAGUUGUUGCAGGUCUUCAAGGGCAAAGUAGAGGAACAAUGUUCAAAAAUUGAAGAUCUGAGGAACAAGAUGUUUCAAGUUUCUGCUAGGCAAACUUACAUGAAAGGAAUUGUUAGCCAGUCUUCAGAUAAUCAGUACUGGGAUAUAUGGAACCGUCAGAAAUUGAGUCCAGAAUUCGAAGUGAAGAGACAAAAUAUUCUCAAAGCUAACCAGAAUUUGACAAAUCAGUUGGUCGAGCUGGAGAGGCACUUCAAUAAUCUGGAGAUGAACAGAUCCAGUGAAACAGGAAGAGUGGCUUCUAAUCGAAGAGCUGUUUAUUCUAAUAAGGCAAGGUCAAGUCAGACACAAUUAUCCAGUGUAUAUAAUGCACUGAACUCGCAGUUGGCAGCUGCUGAGCAGCUAUCUGAAUGCCUUUCAAAGCAGAUAUCUGUGUUAAAUAUUGGUUCUCCUACUAGGAAGCAGGGGGCGGUGACCAAAGAGUUGUUUGAGUCAAUUGGUUUAGCCCACACAACUGAUGCAACCAAAUUUUCAGGCAGCACUCCUAAGCCAGUUAAGCGGUUUCCAUCAGUGAAUGAGCAUUCAAAGGGAAUAUUAGGGCCUUCCAAGAGUGGUGAGCCUGAGACCGCUCGAAGGAGGAGAGAAUCACUGGAUAUGAGCCUGGCUAGUUUGGAACCUCAGAAAACAACUGUUAAAAGAAUAGCACAGCAACAACGCCUCAAAAUCAGCAGUGAUCUACCAUUCAGGUCAAACAAGAAAAUUUUUGAUUCUCAAAUGGCAGCAAUAUCACAGGAAAAGUCAAGCAAUAGCUCCAAUUCAUCUAUAGUAGAAUCAUAUGUAAGCAGACUGCAUUCUCUGAGUGAAGUUUCAGAUGUAAAAGAAAAACCCUCAGGACCCCAACAGAACCCUUUGUUCAAAUGGGUAAAGGAAUCAACUGGGUCAUCUCAAAUCUCAGAGCAAAAGCAUUUUGAGUUACCAGGGCAAAUGAAAAGCACUGCACAAUCUUCAAAACUGACACCAUCUUCACCACCAUCAUUCAGUUACACCCGAAUGGGUGCACAAGAUAGUAUCAACCCAUCCAGUGUGCCAUCGUUUGGAACAAAACAUACUGUGUCUAAGCCAAAUACUUUAACCUUCAAAACCACUAUAACCCCUAAAAGUAAUGCCAAGACAGAGCCAAAUAUAUUACCUUCCAUAACAGCUGCAAAAACUUCUCAGAGUCCACUGUCUGUGAAAACUACUGGGGAGUCUAGAGAUUUGCCUACAUUAACUAUGAAGAACAGACAGGAUAGUCAGUCAAUGCCAUCUUUGGGGAACAUAAAAGGACCGGGUGCUUCUCUGCAGAACAAGGGUGGCAUAUUUACAGAUCUUGGCAAAUCGUCUUUUACUUCUGAGCAUUCCAAGCCUGCUGUAUUACAUGAGAAGACUGGCCAGCUUAGUGGGGUUGGCGAUGCUGUGCAGAACACUGUGAAAGAUACCCCCAAGAUGGCACCUCAACCUUCUGCAUUCUCGCCAGCUCCUGUUACUCAGACUGAUUCAUACUCCUUAAGGUCGACUGUUUCCUCUUCAGCCACAUCAGCCUCAUCAGGUGCGAAAACUUCGGAUGUUUUAUCUAGCUCAAUGCAGAAAGUUUCUCCAAUAGUACCCGGGGGUACUGUGUCUAGCUCAAUCCCUACUCCUGCUAAGGAUUCGUCAACUGGCUUGAGUCAAAAUGCUUCCAAACCUGAAACGCUAAAAUCAGAUGUAACUAGUACCAUAGCUUCUGCAAGUUCGACUUCAGUCAUAUCGACCACUGAAAGCAAACCUUCAGUGCCUCCAACAACUGGCGCCAGCUUGCCUUCUGCUCAUGUCUCUGCUCCUAAAACAGCACCAACAACAUCAGAAUCAGUUGUCACUUCCACAGGAAAAGAUGUAGGACCAAACACUGACACCAUCGCAACCGAUGAAGAUGAUAUGGAAGAGGAGGCGCCUUCUGCAAGUGCCGAACUCAACUUGGGAGCCCUUGGUGGAUUCAGCCUCGGGUCCCAGCCUUCUUCAAGUCCUCAAAAGUCUAAUCCUUUUGGUGCCUCCUGUGGUACAUCUGACAAUAAAAGUUCAGGCACACCAUUUACUUUGACAACCAGUCCAGGACAGCUUUUCCGACCAGCGUCACUAAGCAUUCCUUCAGCUCAGCCAGCCCAACCAUCUCAAUCAACUAGUUCUAGUUCUUUUUCUAGUACGUUCUCAAGUGGGCUUACUGGAUUUGGACAGCCUGCACAAAUUGGAUCUGGCCAGCAGUCAGCAUUUGGGAAGCCUGCACAGAUUGGAGCUGGUCAGCAGGCAGGAUUUGGGCAGACAGCACAAAUUCAAUCUGGGUUUGGUCAGCCUGCACAAAUUCAAUCUGGUUUUGGUCAGUCAGCACAAAUUGGAUCUGGGCAACAGUCAGGAUUUGGGCAGCCUGCACAAAUUGGGGCUGUCCAGUCAGGAUUUGGGCAGCCUGCACAGUUUGGUGCUCAACAGGCACUUGGAUCAGUGCUGGGUUCUUUUGGACAAUCGCGCCAGUUAGGAGGCAUAGGUUCUGGAGGAUUUGGUGGAUUUGCUAGUGCUUCUACAUCUGGGGGUUUUGGUUCUUUAUCUUCAAGUAAUGCUGGAUUUGCUGGUGCUGCAUCAGGUGGGGGCUUUUCAGCACCCGCUGCUUCUGCAGGUGGUGGUUUUGCUGCUGCUGCUACUGGUGGAGGUUUUGCUGCUCUUGCCUCCAAAAGUGGUGGUUUUGCUGGUGCAGCUUCAUCUGGUGGUGGUUUUGGAGGUGCCGCCCAGGGAGGUGGCUUUGGCACUGGUGGUGGAUUCGGAUCCUUCGGUGGUAAUCAAGGAGCUGGGUUCUCGGCAUUUGGAGCAAGCGGAACUGGAAGACCGCCAGCUGAUUUCUUGACACAGAUAGCUAUGUGGGACACACAACCAUCUGGAAGGCAAAGGCCAAAGGCCAAAGGCCAAAGGCCAGAGGCCAUGCCCAUGCAGUUACUCAUUCAAAAGAAGGAAGUUUCAAGCUUUGUCCACAUAACCGAUAUUCUUAGGCCGCCGUACUGUGUCCCUCCCUUGCUUCUGAAUGCAUACAGCCCAACAGUCAAACUGGAGGCCAGAAACUCAGUGGAGACUGGAAUUGGUUCUCAAACUAAGAAAUCAUUGAGGAAUCUGAGAGAGGAGGCUGGCAAGUUCUACGACAUCAGAUUGCAGACCACAGCCCCCAAAAGUUUUUCAAAAGAAAAGAAAAGAGGAGAAAAGAUUGUGCUUCGCUUUCGCCCUUCUCAUGUGGCAAGUAAUUUCAACCAAAAGCUGAAGACCGCACAACAACUAUUUUGGUUACUAGAAAUAGAGGCACUGAGGCUGAACACCGGUAAAGCUGCCAAGGAUCCCAGCAGUCAGGAAUGUGCAGCCUGUAAGCAGACAUUUCAGUACAUAACAGGAACUGAACAGAUGUAUCAUCAGCAACAGCUCCACAACCAUAACCAGCACCUGUCCUCAAGCCCGGGUUUACCUCCUGAGAAGCAGUUUCUCCUGGAAGGAGGAGAUGCAGGACUCGUCCUCUCCACCGAUGCUAAGCCUAGAUUGAAAUGGACACCAGAGCUGCAUGAACGUUUUGUGGAGGCAGUACAUCAGCUAGGAGGGCCAGACAAAGCUACGCCAAAAACAAUCAUGAGGCUGAUGGGAAUCCCUGGACUCACCCUGUACCAUCUUAAGAGCCAUCUCCAGAAAUACAGACUCAGCAAGAAUCUCCAGGCCCAAGCUAAUGCUGUCAACGCAAAGAAUGUGUUAAGCUGCAGGACAGGAACAGACAACCCAUGCGAAGGGAGCGGAUCACCACCACCACACUUGAACCUAGAGCCCCAGAUAAACAGGUCAAUGCACAUUGAAGCCCUCCAGAUCCAGAUCGAAGUUCAGAGACGGCUUCAUGAACAGCUAGAGGUUCAGAGACACCUGCAGCUGCGGAUCGAAGCGCAGGGCAAGUACCUGCAGUCCGUGCUGGAGAAGGCGCAGGAGGCGCUGGCCAAGCAGAGCGUCCACCUCGACGGCGGCGAGACGCCGACGCAGCAGAUGUCGGAGCUCAUCUCGAGAGCCACGGCGACGAGGCGCGUCCAGGUCCAGCAGGAGCAUCUCCACCAUCACCAGCGUCACCUCGGCGGCGAUGGCAGAGGCUACAACAACGACAGAGCCGGCGCCACCGCCAGCGCCAUCUGCGAGGAGUUCCUGUUUCUUGACGAGCCCGGUAGGAGAGGAGGAGGAGGAGGAGGGGGGUCCUCGGAUGACCAUGACCAGCAGGAGCUGGACCUUAGCAUCAACGGCAGGAUCAAUCCACCAAGGCCUCGCGACAGCCAAAGGAUCGACCUGAACGGGUCGAGCUGGAACUGA